AUCCCAUGUCGCCAUCGACGGGACUUAAAUAAUGUGGCCAAUCUGGAAUGGUGAUCGCCAGCUUUCUUCUCUACUACAGAUUGGUGCAUUGUCUUUUUCGAGCAAUUCGUGAUUUCUUCCAUUGAGGUUUGAUUUUGAAUCCCUAGUUUUUCAUGGGGAAUGCGCGUGGGAUACCUUCGGUAUUUCUUCUUUUAAUGGUUGCUUUUCUUCCUCCUGUUCUUCCGGCUUCGGCGGAAGGACUGCCUAGGAUUGCGCUGAAGAAGAGACCGUUGUAUGAGAGCAGACAGGUUCCAGCAAGGCGUGCUAAUAGUGAAGAGGCGAGGCCCGGGAGACUUGUUAAUGGUGGGGUUUUGGACGGGUCGGAUGAGGAUAUUGUAGCAUUGAAGAAUUACUUGAAUGCGCAGUAUUAUGGAGAGAUCAGCAUCGGUACGCCACCGCAGAAGUUUACAGUGAUAUUUGACACCGGAAGCUCGAACCUUUGGGUUCCAUCGGCAAAGUGCUUCUCGAUUGCUUGUUUUUUCCAUUCAAAGUAUAAGUCAAGCAAUUCAAAAACCUACACUGCCAAUGGGAAAUCUGCUGCUAUUCAGUAUGGGACUGGAGCCAUUGCAGGUUUCCUGAGUCAGGAUCAUGUUGGCGUUGGUGAUCUUCUCGUGAAAGAUCAGGUUUUUAUUGAGGCCACCAAGGAACCUGGUACCACUUUCUUGGUGGCAAAAUUUGACGGAAUACUUGGUCUUGGUUUUAAAGAAAUAUCAGUUGACAAUGUGGUACCAGUAUGGUACAACAUGGUCGAUCAUGGUCUCAUCGAGGAUCCUAUUUUUUCUUUCUGGUUAAAUAGGAACUCAGAGGAUGGUGAUGGAGGUGAAAUAGUGUUUGGAGGUUCUGAUCCAAAACAUUACAUAGGUCAGCACACAUAUGUCCCAGUGACUCUCAAGGGAUACUGGCAGUUUAAUAUGGGAGAUGUUCUUAUUGGUGGUGAAAGUACUGGAUUCUGUUCUGGUAGUUGUGCAGCUAUAGCUGAUUCUGGCACUUCUUUAAUCGCUGGACCAACAACAGUUAUUACUGAAAUUAACCAAAGGAUUGGAGCUGCUGGUAUUGUUAGCCAAGAAUGCAAGAUAGUAGUUGCUCAAUAUGGCCAACAAAUUUUAGAUAUGUUGCUGGAAGAAGCACAACCAAAUAAGAUAUGCUCUCAGAUUGAUCUCUGUAUUUUCGAUGGGACCCAUGCAAUAGGUGUUGGCAUUGAGAGUGUGGUUGAGGAAAAUGGAGGUAAAUCCUCCCUUGGUAGGAGUGAUGCCAUGUGUUCAGCUUGCGAGAUGGCUGUUGUUUGGAUGCAAAAUCGGCUAAAUCAUAAUGAGACAGAGGAACUCAUAUUGAAGCAUGUCAAUCAGUUGUGCUACCGAGUGCCGAGUCCCUUGAGAGAGUCCUCUGUUGAUUGUAAUGCCAUUUCUUCCAUGCCUAGUGUUUCCUUCACUAUCGGCGGCAAGAUAUUUGACCUUACAGCUGAGCAGUAUAUUCUGAAGGUGGGAAGUGGAGCUGAUGCCCAAUGCAUCAGUGGAUUCUCAGCCUUGGACGUACCCCCUCCUCGUGGCCCACUUUGGAUUCUGGGUGAUGUAUUCAUGGGUGUCUAUCACACAGAGUUUGACUAUGGCAACCUUAGGGUUGGAUUUGCCAAAGCUGCGUAAGAUUCAAAUGCUUCAUAAUAAUAUACUUAUAAAGAUGCAUCGAAGACGAGAGAUAAAGGAAGGCAUUGUUCCCUCGCCAAUGUCAGUGCUGCGAAAUAAGGAUUGUAAAUCUGUUCUUGUUCACAUUUUUACUUUCUGAGGUCAUUGAGAACCUUAAAUUAUCCCUUGAGAAGGAUGAUAAUUUGACAUAAUUAUGUUGUAUGAUUUUGUGUUGUGUUCGUGUCCGUGU